CAAAUCCAUUGCCUCUUCGGAUAUGGUUGUAUUGGGAAUGUCGUCCCCACGAUGAAAAAAGAAGCUAGAGAAGACGAUCAUGAAGUAGAAGUGCUGAAGGCAGUGGCACAAGCAUGGCAUGGUCGGUCAGGUAGCCCACGUCCCAUGAAAGAGCUCGAUACAGAACAUAGCCAUUACAACAGGGUUAGAUCCUGUUCACGUUUCAAGCUCGAAGCAAUCAACAUAGUCUCCAAGGAGCUUAGCAGCAGCAAGAACAGCAGCAGAUGGGAUUUCAGCCAGUCCUUAUGGGAUUCAUAUGAAAUAGUGACCUUGUCGAAGAAGCUAGAAGCUGGGCUGGUAUUGGAUCAUCCCAUGGAUGGAUCCGGUCCUGCUACUCGCAAGAGACGUCGAGAGAGUAAGAAUAGCCUACGGAACUUAUUUCACCGGAUCUCGUCGAAGAGAAUUGAUGAUUUGAAUAUACCUAGAAUUGAUGAUGAUAGUAAGGAUAAUUUUCAAAUUUCUAGUUGAUUACGAUAUUAUGGUGUUCAUGAUAUGUAUGCAAUUCAAUAUCUUAAUGUGCAAAUGGGGUGCUAGAAAGCAUGGCAAGCACACAUAAUCAUCAUUUGAAAAUAGUUACUUAAUUCAGCCAAAUCCCUAUUUAGCUAUGUAUUAGUUUGGUAUAAUAAAAUCUUAUUUUGAUUUAGUGAUUCA